GUUCAAUACACUAAGAACGAUGUGGGGGUUGUCUCAAGUGCUUGCGCUUGAUACAUUCAAUGAUCGUAAUAAUGGAUACCUCUUUGUUGGAGAUCAUUGUGAGUUUGGUGUUGAUAUCAUUGUUGUCCCACCACCAACCAAAUGGGAAAUCCUCUCUUUUGAUGAGAAAUUAUCUUUUCCUAAGUUCUCUUGGACUGUUAAAAACUUCUCUGAGAUCAAGGAGAAUCCUUACUUAUCUGACAGCUUUUCAAAGGGAGGAAAGGAAUGGGUUUUAGAAUUGUAUCCCAAGGGCUACUCUACAGAAGAUAGUAAAUGGUUAUCCAUUUAUCUGUCUUCAAAGGAAGAUGAGAAGAUUUACGUUCAAGCAGAGGUGAAAGUUGAAGACCCAUUUGGAUCCAAUCACCUGACAAAGCAGCUUAACUGGUGGUUCGACAAAUCAUGCCUAGAUUGUGGUUGGGAUGAUUUCGUGUCUGUAGCUGAACUUCGAAAGUCUUAUUUGGACAAGGAAGACACUUUGAAAGUUGAGAUUGAAUUUAAAAGUUGGAGAGAACGUCCUCCUUCUUCCUAUUCCAUCAAAUUCCAAAACCUCUCUCAACUCCAAAGCUCAACCCUUCACUCGGAUGGCAAAUACCAAUCUCGACUUUUCUCCUCUGGUGAUUACCAGUGGAGAAUGAUCAUAUACCCAAAAGGAAACGACAAGGACGAUGGGAGUGGAUUUAUUUCAAUGUAUGUUGAAAUAGAUAGUACAAGCCUCAAGGCUACACCACCAACUGAGAUUUAUGCAGAUAUCCGAUUUUUCGUCUUUAACAAAAAAGAAAACAAGUACCUUACAAUCCAAGAUGUGGAUUCGAAGCCGUUCAAUACAUUAAAAACGAUGGGGGGAUUACCGCAAGUGCUUGCGCUUGAUACAUUCAACGACCAUAAAAACGGAUACCUCUUUGAUGGAGAUCAUUGUGAGUUUGGUGUUGAUAUCAUUGUUGUUCCACCUCCAACCAAAUGGGAAAUGCUCUCUUUUGUGAAACUUCAUUAUCCUAAGUUCUCUUGGACUAUUAAUAAUUUCUCUAAGAUAAAGGAGAAUCCUCACACAUCAAACAGUUUCUCAAUGGGAGGAAGAAAAUGGGUUCUCAAGGUAUAUCCCAAGGGCUACUCUACACCAAAUAGUAAAUGGUUAUCCAUUUAUCUGUAUUUAGCUGAUGGUGAAAUUUUAAAGAACGAUGAAAAAAUUUACGUGCAAGCACAAGUGAAAGUUGAAGACCCACGUGGAUCCAAUCACUUAACAUGCAAGCUUAACUGGUGGUUCAAUAGACCAGGCCAAGGUUAUGGUCGGGAUCACUUCGUGUCUACAGCUGAACUUCGAAAGUCUUACUUGGACAAGAAAGAUACUUUGAAUGUUGAGGUCGAAUUUAAAGUUGUUUCUGCGACCAACUAUUCUUAAUUCCUUUACCUAACUCCCAAAAGUCAUAGAUUUUGAUUU